GAGAGAGAGAGAGAGAGAGAGAGAGAGAGAGGCGCGCGUCACCCGGAGACCGCCCGUGCUCCGAUAGCGCGUUUUUAACCCUGAGAUUUUGUGCGCGAUUUUUCUCUGGAUUUAAUCUGAUUCGUGAAAAUAAAUCAGGAUUGAGUUUUUGUAGUAGAGGAAGAAGAACAAGAAGAGGAAGAUGUCGGGGAACCGAGAGGAGGAGCGGCGCAAACUGGCCGACAUCAUUAACCACUGGAACGCGAACCGGCUCGACCUGUUCGAGAUCAGUCAACCUACCGAGGAGUUGGAGUUCCACGGCGUGAUGCGCUUUUACUUCCAGGACCGAGUGGCCGGGAACUUCGCCACCAAGUGCAUCCGCGUGUCCAGUACAGCCACCACGCAGGACGUGAUCGAGACGCUGGCCGAGAAAUUUCGGCCCGACAUGAGAAUGCUCUCCUCGCCCAAAUACUCGCUGUAUGAGGUCCACGUCAGCGGGGAAGAACGGAAGCUGGACUUGGACGAGAAGCCCCUGGUGGUGCAGCUGAACUGGAACAAAGACGACCGAGAGGGACGCUUUGUCCUCAAGAACGAGAACGACAUCAUCCCAAAGAAAAUCCAAAGCAACGGGCCUGAGAAAGAGAAAGAAGGCGUGAUCCAGAACUUCAAAAGGACGCUGUCCAAGAAAGAGAAAAAGAAAGAGAAGAAGAGAGACAAAGAGGCUUCUGCUCGGAUUCCUGAUGGAGACGAGCACUCUCUGAGCCGAGAGGACGGAGAGAACUCGAGACUGGCGGCAGAAGUGUACAAGGACAUGCCUGAGACCAGCUUCACUCGCACCAUCUCCAACCCAGAGGUGGUGAUGAAGAGAAGGAGACAACAGAAGCUGGAGAAGAGGAUGCAGGAGUUCCGCAGUGGAGAUGGAAGACCUGACUCAGGAGGAACACUGAGGAUCUACGCAGACAGCCUAAAGCCCAACAUCCCCUAUAAGACCAUCCUGCUCUCCACCACAGACACGGCAGACUUCGCUGUGGCCGAGGCUCUGGAGAAGUACGGCCUGGAGAAGGAGAACCCCAGAGAGUACUGCAUUGCUUGGGUGGUCCACUUUGAUGAUAAACCUGUAAAAGAGACCGUGCUGGAGGACUCGGAGUGUCCUUUACAGGUCUUCAGAGACUUGACCAACGAUAAAGACGGAUUAGUGUUCCAGCUGAAGAAACGUCCUCCUGACUUCAUGCCCAAGAAAGGACUCAAGCCGGGGGACAGAAUGGUGCAACUUCAUGGAGCGCUGCCUCCUGAGAAACUGCCUUACCUGGUGGAGCUGAGUCCAGGUCGAGGGAAUCACUAUGCCUACUACGCUUAUCGGCAACAAGAAGAUGGUUCAGACUCGAGGGAUAAGCCUAAACUGUACCGGUUACAGCACAGCGUGACUGAGGUCGGCUCAGACAGGAAUGAAGACGGCAACAUCCAGCUGUUCGGCCCGGGGAUCCUGCCUCACCACUGUGACCUGAGGCACACCGAUGGUCUGGUCACGAUCACACCCAUCACGCUGGAUGCCGAGACCUUUGUGGACGGACAGAGGAUCACAGACACCACGGUGCUGCGCAGUGGAAUGACGCUGCAGUUCGGUGCCGCUCACGUCUUCAAGUUCGUGGACCCCAGUUAUGACCACGGCCUGGCCAAGAGAGACACAGGGGGCAUGGUGAAGGGCAGAAACAAGUCUGGGAGUGUCCCGGAGGCGACCUUUGACCUGCACGGGGACCUUCACAGCAGCGCUUUACUCACAACCAGCAAGAGCUCAGGGAAGCUAGACAUGGAUCGUCCAGGUAACAUUGGGGAGAGGGGCAUGGUGAAGCCCAUGAUGCGCACAGAACCCAGCUUUGCAAAGCAUGAUGGGAGACCUCAAGACAGCACUGAGCUCACGCUGCCAGCUAGCAUCGAGUUCAGGGACAACUCUGAAGAUGCUUUCCUUUCGGCCAUAAUCAACUACACCAACAGCUCGACUGUGCACUUUAAGCUCUCUCCUACUUACGUCCUGUACAUGACCUGCCGCUACGUGCUGUCCAGCCACUACAGACCCGACGUCAGUGCCUCCGAGCGGACGCACAAAGUCAUCGCCAUCGUCAACAAGAUGGUGAGCAUGAUGGAAGGAGUGAUCCAGGAGAUUGCUGAAGGUGACCAGAAGCAGAAAAACAUCGCUGGCGCUCUGGCCUUCUGGAUGGCCAACGCCUCGGAGCUGCUCAACUUCAUCAAGCAGGACAAAGACCUGAGCCGCAUCACGCUGGACGCCCAGGACGUCCUCGCGCACCUCGUACAGAUGGCCUUCAAGUAUCUGGUUCACUGCCUGCAGUCAGAUCUGAAUAACUACAUGCCGGCGUUCCUCGACGAUCCUGAAGAACAAAACCCACAGAGACCCAAGAUCGAGGACGUGCUGCACACGCUGACGGGCGCCAUGUCUCUGCUUCGACGUUGCCGUGUGAACGCGGCCCUCACUAUCCAGCUGUUCUCGCAGCUCUUCCACUUCAUCAACAUGUGGCUGUUCAACAAGCUGGUGACCGAAUCAGACUCGGGUCUGUGCUCGCACUACUGGGGCGCCAUCUUGCGGCAGCAGCUCAGCCACAUCGAGGCCUGGGCUGAGAAACAGGGUCUGGAGCUCGCUGCCGACUGCCACCUCAGCCGCAUUGUGCAGGCAACGACUCUUCUCACCAUGGACAAGUACUCCGUGCAGGACGUCCAGAACAUCAACAACACGUGCUUCAAGCUCAACUCUCUGCAGCUCAACGCGCUCAUGAGUAACUACCACUGUGCCCCGGACGAGCCAUACAUCCCCCCUGAGCUGAUCGAUCAUGUGGUGGCCGUGGCGGAGAACACGGCGGACGAGCUGGCACGCAGCGACGGUCGAGAGGUUCAGCUGGAAGAGGAUCCCGACCUACAGCUUCCCUUCCUGCUGCCGGAGGACGGCUACUCCUGUGACGUGGUCCGCAACAUUCCCAACGGCUUCCAGGAGUUUCUGGAUCCACUGUGUCAGAGAGGUUUCUGCCGCCUGACUCCUCAUCCUCGCUCUCCCGGAACCUGGACUGUCUACUUUGAAGGAGCCGACUGCGACAGCCACUUCUCCGCAGAUAACACUGACCUGCCAAUGAGGAAGGAUCCUGAAAUCGUGACGGUGACGUUGAAGAAGCACAAUGGCAUGGGCCUCAGCAUCGUCGCUGCCAAGGGUGCUGGACAGGAGAAACUUGGGAUUUACGUCAAGUCUGUUGUCAAAGGAGGAGCCGCAGACAUGGACGGUCGUCUGGCUGCCGGAGAUCAGUUGCUCAGCGUGGAUGGGAGAAGUCUAGUCGGCCUCUCUCAGGAGAGGGCGGCGGAGCUGAUGACUCGGACCGGCUCGGUGGUGACUCUGGAGGUGGCCAAGCAGGGCGCCAUUUACCACGGCCUGGCCACACUGCUCAACCAGCCGUCUCCCAUGAUGCAGCGGGCCUCAGACCGGGGCCGUAUGGACAAAGGCAAAACCAGACCGAAGAGCGAAGGCUUCGAGCUCUACAACAACUCGGUGCAGAACGGUUCUCCGGAGAGCCCACAGGGGAACUGGGACUCGUACCCUGAGCAGAAAAGGGACGAGAGACUGCUGAAGAAUCGAGCAGAUCACCGCUCCAGCCCCAACGUGGCCAAUCAAGCCCAGAGUCCAGGAGGAAAGCCCGUGUACCCCGGAGGACCGGGGAAAAUCACCUCUGUUUCCACGGGCAACCUGUGUCCUGAUGAGGAGCCUUCCCCGCCCCGUCCGGAGGCUUAUCCCAUCCCCACACAGACGUACCCCAGGGACUACUUCACCUUCCCUGCCUCCAAAUCUCAGGACAGGAUGGGGCCUGGACCCGGGCAGGUCUGGCAGGGUGGCGAGCCUGAGCCUCAUCCUCCAAUGGACGAGCAUCUCCAUAACAACAUGGUUAUGCAGCGGGGCGCACGCUCUCAGGAAGAGCUGUGUGAUGCGCCCACCAGAUACCCCGGCGACCGAGUACGUCAGGACGACCUGCUCCACCUACAACAGCAGCAGCAUGAGGCAGAGUACCAGCGUGGUGGAGAUCCCUGGAACCAUCAUGUCUCCUCUUCUGUGGAGUCCAGCACCUCCAGCCAGGAGCACCUGAACAACUUCUCCUCCUCUUCCAGCAAAGCACAGAGCAACCACAAGAGCGGCGCAGGUCGCUGGAAGACCCCUGGAGCUCCCCAUCCUGGCCCGGUGGGUGUAUCUCAGCCUUCUCGUACAGACCUGCCUCCUCCUCCUCCUCCGCCUCCCCCAUCACACUACGACUAUGAUCCGCAGGCUGACCUGCCCCUACCCCCUCCUCCCUCCAUCAGCCAGCAGCAGGCGGCGGCCGACCGCAAGAAACGGGAAGAGCAGCAGCGCUGGUAUGAGAAGGAGAAGGCACGGUUGGAGGAGGAGCGUGAGAGGAAAAGGAGGGAGCAAGAGAGGAAGCUGGGGCAGAUUCGCAACCCCGCUAUGCCUCCGCACGUCCUGCACAACAACAGCCAGCACCAGCAGAUACCGCCACCUCAACAGAUUCCCCAGCCUUACUUGCCCCCGGCUCAGCCUCCGCAACCGCAGCUUCCCCGCCCUGAGAAACUACCCACUCUUCCUCGAGCUCCUCCUCCUCCCGCUCCUCAGGACACGGUGAUCCGGGAUCUGCAGCCCCAGCAGCAGCCACGCACCAUCGAGAGGCGCGACCUGCAGUACAUCACCAUCAGCAAAGAGGAGCUGUCGUCGGCUGACAGCCUGUCCCCGGACCCAUGGAAGAGGGAUGCCCGGGAAAAGCUGGAAAAGCAGCAACAGCUUCACAUCGUCGACCUGCUCGACAAGGAGAUCCAAGAGCUGCAAUCCAAGCCGGAGCGCACGGCCGAGGAGAGCGACCGCCUGCGCAAGCUCAUGCUGGAAUGGCAGUUCCAGAAGAGGCUGCAGGAAUCCAAACAGAGCGAGGAGGAUGAGGAGGAGGAGGACGACGAAGACGUUGACACGGUGCUGAUCAUGCAGAGGCUGGAAGCAGAAAAGAGAGUACGGCUGCAGGACGAGGAACGGCGACGGAAGCAGCAGCUGGAGGAGAUCCGUAAGCGCGAGGCAGAAGAACGAGCCAUACAGGAAGAGGAGAGACGGAGGAGAGAAGAGGAGCGAGCCAGACGAGAAGCCGAGGAGAAGAGGAGACAGGAGGAGGAGUACUACACCCGCCUGGAGGCGGAGAGGCGCCGGCAGCACGAGGAGGCCGAGCGCAAGCUGCUGACGCCAGACGAGCCUGGUCUGUACAGACCUCCUCUCCCCUGGGACUACCAGCCCCCCUCUCCUGCCACUAACACCACCACCGCCGUCAACCCUCCUCCGACCCCGCCUCAGAGAAACACCUCGUACCUCAAAACCCAGGUCAUCUCCCCCGACACCUUAUACACUGCCAAGUUUGUCUCAUACAAUGACGAGGAAGAGGAGGAGGAGGAGGAGGAGGAGGAGGAUGCAGGCUUAGCAGGUCAGGUUAAGCUCUCUGCUACGCGGAAGUCCUAUGGCGACCUUCUGCCCGCCCAAAAGCCUCUGCCGCCGCCCACUGCGCGCAAGCCCCGCCCACUCUCGGACGGCAUCUUUCUGUCCAGCUCAUUCCAGCUGCCCGCAGAGGCCAAUGCCAACAGUACUGCGUCCAAGGCAGGGCAAGCCCCUCCCCCUCCCGCCAAACCCAAAGGGUUUAAUACAUACACUGGAAACACAACGGGAGUUUUAGGAUCAGGAGAAGUUUACAAGGACCCUCGAGAGAAAUGGACGAAAGGCGGAGCGGAUCAGGAGAACUCGAUAGCCGGAGCGCCGGAGAAUCUCACGUUUAAGGAGCGUCAGAGACUUUUCUCACAGGGGAAAGAAGUUUCCAACAAAGUCAAGGCCUCACGCAAACUCAUGGAGCUGGAAAAUGAACUGAACACCAAAUAGUAGCUCGGAGCUUUUUAUCUCCACGUCACACUAAUCCCUGACCCAGCACUGGAUAAGACACAUUCUACCGGAGCUUCCUUUCUCCCCCCCCAAAUGUAUUUAGAUUUGUAAGCCCUAACUGGACCAGUAAGUAUCAUUUUAGCGUUCAGAGACACGACUGUGUGAUUUUUUUUUUUUUUUUUUUUCCCCUCCAGCGUAUCGGAUAUGUAAUAAAGCACUGUACAAAUGUUUUAAUUCUAAUAAGAAAUUUGAAACGGCAUAUUUUUGGUUUGUGAAAUGUUACAUCUGAAAAAAGAAAAGGAAAAAAAACACUACACUCUUCAUAUUUUAUUUUUUUAAAUAUCGCUGAUCGUAAUGUGGGUCGUUUUAUUGGUGGUGUUUUUAUCAGUACACUUCCACACUUGGUUUAUUAUUCUCUCCCCCCCCCCCCCCCCUUUUUUUCUACCCCUAUACUCUGAUUCGGACCAGUUUCAUCUGUCAGUAUGGCAGCGAAGAAGAUUGAGGUCCUUACAGAUCCUUACUCUCUCUCUGACUUUUCAGUAAACAGUAACACAUAGUUCACAAUCCUAGCGAUUAAAAGACUCGUCGUCUUCCUCUGGGCUUUCGGGGUUGGAUUCAAGGAGCUUUGUGUUUAGAUGGCAUUUCCAGAAAGAGUUUCCAUUUUUAUAUUUUUCUAUUAUAAUAGUUUCCCACUUUUAGUUUUUUAUUGGCGAUCAGGAUUGGAUCAGAUUGAAGCGUGCGAGGUUAAAGACGUCUGGAUUGCGCAGGUAUUUAUUUCACCCCCAGAUCUUUCUUGCAGGUCUGGAUCACAACAGGUGGAGAAAUCCAUUCACGAAACGAGGGGAAAAAUCAUUUCUGUCUUUUAUACCUACAUUUUCUUUAUUUUUCUUUUCUAUUAAUUUCAGCCCUGAUGUUAGAACAGGAUUCUGAAUUUAGCUCCGUUUCCCUUUACCACCGUAUCAGAGUUGAGUUUGAAACUUCCUGUUUUUCUGAGCUCAUUCACACUCUGGAUUGCUGAUGGAUGUGUAAAUUAUUGUUGUUUUUUUGUUUUUUCACGAAUACACAAACUUUGUAAAUUGAACCAAUCCAUGACACUAUAGUGUCAAUAUUCCUUCCUCUUUCAUUUCUGCUUCAGAGCUAUAAACUGACAUGUUUUUGUGUUUAUUACACACACACUUAUCACUUUAGGUUCAGGAAGAGUUUCUGAUUUUCAUUUUAAUGGUUGUUACAUGUUAGGCUUUUUGUAAAUCAUAAAUAAAUUCAGAUUUUACAAAAAAAAACUCCACAACAAAAGAA